UCGAAUGCAAACAAGUGGCAUUAGUCUAAUUUUUUUGACAAUCAACUUUUUUUUUUGAAAUGGAUCGAAUGGAUAUUGUCGAUCAUGUUCGUCGAGAAAAAUCACGAAUUCUUGAUGAAUUAAAUUGUGAUCAAGAUGAUAAACUAACAAGAAUCGAUAAUAUUAGUAAAAAAAUUGAUGAAAUUAAAAAUCUAGUUCAUCAAUAUACACCGACAAUGAUUGCCUAUGAUAUACGUAGUUGUAAUGAUAUUAUUAAAGAAUUGGAAACAACAUUACAAAAAUAUCGUGUCCCGACAAAACCGUUUAAAUUUUCAUUUGAUAUUCGAAAAAAAUCGGGUAAUAAUAAUUCAACGAAAACCGUUGAUGCGGUUGAUUCGUCAUCAUCAUCAUCAUCGAAUCCGGCAAUGAUUAUCGAAUUGGAUACUCCUGGUUUCAAAAAUCGUUCGAAUGAAAAUUUAAUUCUAGAUAAACCCGAACAAACAGAUGGAAAAGAUAUUGUUAUCGAAUCAUUGGAUAAUUGUCAACUACGUAUACAGGGUGUACCAAGUUCAUUACGAUUACGAAAUCUACGAAAUUGUCAAAUCUAUACCGGUCCAGUUCGAACAUCAACAUACGUAGAAAAAUGUUCUGAAUGUCAAUUUGAAAUCAUUGCACAACAAAUACGUAUUCAUGAAACGAAAAAAUGUGAUUUUUAUUUGCAUGUAACAAGUCGUAUAAUAAUGGAAAAUUCUUCUGAUUUAAGAUUCGGUCAAUAUAAAUGGUUAUAUGAUCAAUUAGAUAAUGAUUUUAAACGUUCAAAUAUAGAUCCACUAAUGAAUAAUUGGAAAUGUAUUGAUGAUUUUGAUUGUGUACAUCAGAAUCAAUCACCCAAUUGGUCAUUUAUACCAAUGGAGUGAUGUAAUGUCAAAAACAAACAAAAAAAAAUUAUAAUUUUUUAAAAAGUGAAGUAAAUGUGUUUGAAGAGAGAGAUGAAUGAGAUUUUUGAAAAAAAUUUACAUCAUGAUUAUGUGA